GGGGUACUGUUUCCGAGGAUUACCUGUGUGGCCGGACCCGAGGACGCCAUGCUUGUUAAGGGAAAACGACCCAAAGGAAACUGACAACUUUUGCUCUGGGCGCCGGAUGCUGGCUACCGAAGCUCACCCAGAAUUAUGGCGGAUUCGGCGCGGACACCGCAUGCUACUGGCUUUCCAGCAGAGGGUAGAUGCAGUUACUAUGUGGAAAAGAAGAAGCGAUUCUGUAGAAUGGUGGUGGCCGCCGGGAAAAGGUUCUGUGGUGAACACGCUGGAGCCGCGGAGGAAGAAAAUGCUCGGAAAAGAAUCCUGUGUCCUUUAGAUCCAAAACACACAGUAUAUGAAGAUCAACUAGCAAAACAUUUGAAAAAAUGUAAUUCAAGGGAGAAGCCAAAACCUGAUUUCUUUAUUCAGGAUAUUAAUGCAGGCUUGAAAGAUGAAACAGAAAUACCUGAACAAUUAGUUCCAAUUUCUUCUCUACCUGAAGACCAGUUGGAAAACUUAAUUAAGAAACUGAGAAAAGCAAGUGAAGGUUUGAAUUCUACACUUAAAGAUCACAUUAUGUCCCAUCCAGCAUUAUAUGAUGCCCUUAAUGACCCUAAAAAUGGUGAUUCCGCAACCAAGCACCUGAAACAGCAGGCUUCUAUUUUAGGUAACAUUGAAAAAUUAAAGUUACUUGGUCCAAGAAGAUGCUUUGUUGAGUUUGGAGCAGGAAAGGGAAAAUUAUCUCAUUGGGUUGAUAUUGCCUUAAAAGAUGCUGAAAAAGUUCACUUCAUCCUGGUAGAAAAAGUGACCACAAGAUUCAAAGUAGAUGGUAAACACAGAAAGAAAAAUUCAGUGUUUGAAAGACUUCAAAUUGAUAUUCAACAUUUGUGCUUGAACAAGAUUCCUGUACUGAGAGAAGGGAAACUACCUGUGGUAGGAAUUGGAAAGCAUCUGUGUGGUGUGGCAACAGAUCUUGCAUUACGAUGUUUGGUUGAAACCUAUGCUGCCAGUUUUGAGGAAAGGAAUGAAGAACCUUUAGCCAAACGCAUAAAGAAUGAUAAAACAGAAAAAGAAAUUAACACUUUGGCCAAGGAAGGAAAUGAAAAAAAUGUCCCAGAGAAGUGGACCCCUGUGGCUGGCAUUGUUAUUGCACUCUGUUGUCACCACAGGUGUGAUUGGAGACAUUAUGUGGGCAAAGAAUAUUUCAGGGCCCUAGGCCUUGGAGCAGUAGAAUUCCACUAUUUCCAGCGAAUGAGUAGUUGGGCGACUUGUGGGAUGCAGAAAACAUCUUUCAAAGCCUCAAAUAUUACCACAAAGAGAAACGAUAAUCAAAACAAUGAUAGCGAAGAGCAUGAUGAAGGAGGAUACAGAGUCACAGAUGACAGCUCUGAGAGUUUGCCUGGGCUUCUUACUGUUGAAGAAAAGAAGAAAAUAGGGCAUCUUUGUAAAUUGCUGAUUGACCAAGGUCGAAUCCAGUAUUUACAGCAGAAGGGAUUCAAUCCUGCUUUACAAUACUAUACAGACCCUUUGGUAUCUUUGGAAAAUGUAUUGUUAACUGCUUUACCAAUUCAUGCUUCGCCAGAAACAACUGCUUAAUAGGAAAGAAAUUUGAACAUCAUCUGUCUUCCACCAAAAAAAUUUUUUAAUUAUAUUUUUAUAUUCACAAAAAUAUAAUUUAAAUAGCAGAUAAUGUGAACUUUAAAACUACUGUGGCCUCAUUAAACUUUGGCAAUAAUUGUUUUUUACUUCAGAGGUCCAAAUAAUUCAUCAAAUUCCCAAAGUAAUCCUCUUCGGCAGGGCAUUUUGAAUUACAUUAUUCAUCAGUAUUUAUAGAAGUUGGUGAAGUAAUCAAACAAUUGACUUCAUCAUCUGAAACACACAUAGUACAUCAACAUAUUAAUUAACAUGUUAAAUUUCUAUUUCUAUUUGCAUUUAUUUGGGAAAUAUAUUUUUCCUUUGAUUAUAUUUAAUAUUUUUUGUGUCUCAAGUUCAAAACAUAAUGACCAAUUGUCAAUCUGUAACAAGGGCCAACCUGAGAAUUUGGCAAUGUGAGGACUUUUUUUCUAUGCAGAUCUGGAGAUGAUAAUCAACUGUACUUUUUCUCAAAUGCAAACAGAUUCAGAGAUGUUCACAGUCAGUAAAUACAAUCACUUUCAGACUACCAGAGCCAUACCUAUAUUUAUAUACUAUUAGAAUUUGUCCAGGACAAACACCAAAACUGAAGAAAUAUUAUUAAGUAAAAAAAAGUUUCACUUCAUUUUUGUGCUGUUGGAUAAUUAUAACUAGAUUAUCUAGUUAUACACGCAUAAACCAAAAAUUAAAUUUGAAAUUUGCAAAUAAUUUAUCAAGUUAACUUGGUAGCUUAUAUCUUUUACCAGGAGUUUUUUUUACAUAUGUAAGUUCAAACAUUAAGUAUGAUCUCUGUUUUUUGGAGAAAAUAAUUUGAACUAAAACAGAAAUCAGAUGAUGAAACCAAAACCUUCUCACACUUAGGCCUUAUUUAACUGAUAAGUGGUUUUUAUGCAGAAGCAAAUAUUAAACCAAACAUAUAGUAGGAAUGUUACUCUCACAUUUUAUCCUUGAUUUGUUUAUGCAUUUAUUUGUAAACAUUUUCUUAAUUGUUGAUCAUAUGCCAAGACAAAGAUCCAGAAUUAUUAAUUUUAGAUAUUAUGAGAUUCUGAAAUAGCUAUAUGUAUCCUGUAGAAUUGUAAAUAAUUGAAAAAUUGUAGCCCAUUUUUCAUUCCAACCUUUCUACUUAUGUCUUGUCAAAUCCCAAUCCUACCACCUCUUACUGUGUGACCUUGGGUAAGCUACUUAAUCUCUUUGUGCCUCAGUUUUCUCCUCUUAAUGGGGAUGGCAGUAAUAAUAAUAAUAAUAAAACCUACCUCACAAGGUUGUUGUGUGCAUCAAGUAAGCCAACACAAAUAAAAUGCUUAGAAUGGUUCCAAGCACAAA